AUGGCGACAGUUUCCCAACCCAGACCCAACGAAAUAUACGAGCUGGAUCCAAAAGGAGAUGUUAUUCUACUAUUGGCAGUCCCGCACCAUGCAUCAGGAGACUCAGAGCCAGAGAUCCCCCAAGAGGAAGAGAAAUCCGCAGAAGCAGUAGCAGUCGAAGCAGCUGAAAAAGCCGCAGCCCCGUCCUCCGACUUUUACACCCCUGUUCCGGAGUCUGACCAAACGUCAACCGAAGCAGCCCCAGAAUGGCCUGCAGCCGAAGAGUCUGCUCCUCCGUCAUCCAUCGAUGAGUAUCCCGAGGAAUACGAAAAACUGGACGACCCACCUCCACCUGAACCGGAGCCCGAAUAUCAGUAUUCCGAGCCAUACGAGCCAUCGACCGACGCCCCUCCACCCGACGAGCAGAUUCCAGACAUCCCGCUACCCACGGAGCAGAUGCCCAGCGACGAGCAUCCCUCGCCAUACUCGCAACCGCCGUCCCCCCCUCCCCCCGACCAGCCCAUCCCAGAGGCCCCGCCGCCACCAUCCGCAAAAGAGCCCUCGCAAGGCCCACCCUCCCCCACCAACACCCUCCGCAUCCUCGCCUCAUCCAGCAUCCUCCGCCUCGCCUCCCCGCACUUCGCCCACCUCCUCUCCUCCACCACAACCAGCCCGCAAGACUCCUCCCCGGCCCCCGCUGAGCUCGACUUCACCGCGCUCCCCUCCCCCUCCGCGCUCCUCACGCUCCUCCACAUCUUCCACUUCCGCACGCGCGCCGUACCGCGCGCCGUGUCCCUCGAGCAGCUCGCGCAGAUCGCACAGCUCGUCGCUGAGCUCGGCUGCCACGACGCCGUGUCGCGCUUCGCCGACGACUGGAUCCGCAGGCUGCAGGACACGCUGCCGACGGAGGUUGAUGGCUUCGGCGCCCCAGCCCGCCGCUGGAUGAGCGUGGCGUGGGUGUUUCGGCGCGAGCGCGAGUGGCGGGUCGCGACGCGCGUGGCGCAGCGGUGCGCGCGUAGGCCGCUGGGCGAGGGCGAGUGCGUGGCGGUGCCGAAGAGUGAGAUCGACCACCUCAACCGCACCCGCUCCCACGCCCUCACCCGCAUCCUGCACGCCCUCCACGCCCCCCUCGCCGCAUACACGCGCAGCCACGCCCGCCCCCGCUGCAGCGACGCGUGCGACUCGCUCGUCCUCGGCGCGCUGACGCGGCGGCUGCACGCGCGGGGGUUGCUGGCGUGGUUGCCUGGACUACCUGUACCUGUCCAGAGUGGCGGCGACGGCGACGGCGAUGGUGAUGGUGAUAUAGAUGUCGAUGUCGAUGCUGCGAGUGGGGUUGUCGAGGAUUUCUCGGUGAGGGGCCUGGCGCGGUGGGUGGAGGGGGGGUUGGAUGUGCCGUCUGUGCAUGGGUUGGUGCUGGGUGGUGGUGGGGGGAGUGGUGGUGGUGGGUGGAAUUUCGAGGGGUUCGUGGCGGAGGAGCGGGAGCCGGAGGGGGAGCAGGUGCCGGAGCCGGAGCAGGAGACGGGGGUCGUUGAAGAGUUUGACGGCGCCGCGGCGGGCAGUAGGGCGGCGGGUGGGGAUGAGUGGGGGGUGUGGGGGACGUCGAUGGUGAGGAGGAGGAGGAGGGGCAGGGGGAUGGUGAAGGGGAGGGUGGGGGGCAGGCAAGGCGGCGGCGGCGGCUGGUUUGAUGACGACUCGACGCCGCCGGGUUAUGACGAGGUUGCGCCGCCGCCCCCGCCGCCGGCGCCGGAAGUGGAGGUGGAGGUGGGGAUGGGGAUGGGGAACGGGGGAGGGGCGUGCGAUCCGUUGAGGGAGAUGAAGGCGAGGGUGGCGGAGAUUGCGGCGGGGUUUAAGGGGUUGGAGCUUGGGGUGUGA